UGGAAUCUUGGUUUCUCUCCCUCUCUCUUCAAUAAAUAUACUGUCACAUCAGCAAAACACAAUAAAUAGAAGGCUUAGACUCUACGAGUGGAGUCUGCAUUGGGACUGCCCUAACAAAUAAUGUAGCACGCAUUGUCUUUAAACUAAUAUACUAUCUCCCUUUGAUUAUAGGGGUUACCAUUCUUUUGUAUCAAACAUUUGUUUAUCCAUAUCUUGUGAAACUUCUUCGACCAAUCAAUACAUCCCGCAUUAUGAUUAUAUUGUCUAUGGCUCUUCUGAUUACUUACCCAUGUAUAGCACAUCUCAGAGAGCCUUGGUUAUCAAUAAUGCUAAAUAUUGCAUCAAUGUUGAAAGCUAACUGUGUGGUUACAGUUGUCACCUGCUCAUUCAUUCUUCAGAAUAAUUCUGUGUCUCAAGAUCAAAGAGCAACUGCGAAUGGCUUAGCGACAACUUUAAUGUCAUUCUCCAAGGCAAUUGCUCCAGCAGGGGCUGGUGUUGUGUUUUCAUGGGCGCAAAAAUAUCAGCAUGUAUUCUUCUUUCAAGGGGGGCAACUGGUGUUCUUGCUUUUGGAUUUUGUUGUUUUAAUUGAGCUCGUUUGGACAUUCAAGCCAUUUCUUAUUGUGACAGAGUAAUUUUUUUCAAUUUAACCAUCCAACAUACCAGUGGGAAGCUGUGUCUGUGUACCAUCAUGAUAUCGCACGUGCUAACGUGCAGAAGCAUGUAUAUAUAGCUGUUAAUUUUCAAGGUUAACAAUAACUUGGUACAUGGAAACCAUGCUAACAAGUAUAUAUUGGCCAAUAAUACAAGGUUUUAGAAAAAUAUCGAGAGAGGUGCAUGGAUAUGUCAAUAUGUUGAGCUUGCAUAUAUCUAUAUGGAGCUCUACUUGUAGCUUGUAUGUAAUAAUAUUAAUUUCAUACUGAGCUUGAGAUGUACUUGUUCUUGUUGAGACACCGAUGUUCGCUCACUACUGAGAAUAAAGUUCGAAAGAUCACAAUUUUGAUCA